CCCAACCGCAGUCUUCAACGGCAGACAGGAGAGCCGGAACAGUCUUCAGACCCUAGGCACAGACGUAUACAGUGCCGGCGUCACAGCUACGAUGGGGCCCUGUUAUCGUCGCUCUGGUGCCCUCUUUGCCCCGCUGUUGUGGCUCCUGGUAGGAGUAGGGUCCCGGAGAAGGGACUGCGGGGACCCCGUGGUUCGGACCGCGGAGGCCCGGCUCACUUCGCCUAACUACCCGCUGGCGUAUCCGGCGGGCGUGCGGUGUUCUUACAGGGUGCUGCCGUCGUGGCCGGGCGUGUGUGCUGUGCUGCUGAGCUUCGAAGACAUGGACAUCGAGGGCACGCCACCGAAUUGCGAACGGGGAGACGUCCUGCGGGUGCCCUCCACCGGAGACAGCUUUUGCGGCGUCACGCCCCCCGAAUCGCUCGUGCUGCCGCUGCCGCAGGGCGGCCUUACCCUGGAGUUCAGUUCGGAUACGGAGCGGUCCGGCGUCGGCUUCGCUCUACGCCUCGCCCAGGUCCCCAACUCAUGCCCGACGGACGUGACGUCGCCGUGUGGAGGCCGCUUCUCGGAACAGGAGUUCCGCAUCGAGGGCCCUUCGGCCAGGUCCGGGGCUUGUCUGUACCUGGUGACCAAGUUCCGCGAUGAUGUGUGCCAGCUCCAGCUGAGGUACGACCGCUUCUCGGUCGGGGACAACGCCUCGUGCACCCACGGACGCCGACUCAUCGUGGCCGGCACGCCCGAAUGCGGUCGCAAGCCCCCGGGAAAAGUGGAUGUGUUCGAGUUUCCGUCCCGGACGCUGACGCUGCUCUACUUGGGCGGAGACGGCGCACACGAUGACAGCUUUGUCCUCGAUUUCUUCCAGGAGGAGUGCCCGGACACUCGCUAGAGUCGAGAGUAAAUAAAACACGCUGCAACGUUUACACCUCG